UUAAACACUGUGAAGAACAAGAAAGAGGGAGAGAGAGGGAGUGAGAAGGAGGGAGAGGGAGGGUAAGAGUGAAAGAGAAAGAAACAAACGGAGAAACCUCAAUUAGAUUCCGAAGUCUUUCCGGUGGCUAAUUAAGUCAGUCGUGUUUUCUUUUUAAAUUUGAUUUGAAACUCAGCAGCACAAAUACUGAGUCCUUGUCAGCACCUAGGAAAGGGAGCAAACCUUUAAUCAUUUUUUUUAACAUAAACCUUUGUAUUUUUUUGCAGAAGAAAACCUGAUCUUUCUUUGUGUCCAAAAUAUAAUAUAACUACUUUUUUAAUAUUUGCAGAGAAAACUUUUACUUUCCUAAGUGGAUUUAAAUUUUUUUAAGCUUGGUUUUGGGAUUUUGAAACAAGGAGAGAUGUGGAAAGACAACUUAACGGUGUUUGAGACCAUGAUGUAUGGGCAUUCCCUGUGCACAGAGUGGAACAAUGGCACAGAAGGUGCAAUAUACCAGUUGGGGAACAUCAUCUUCAUACUGGGCUACAUGGGGGGCAGCGGGGUCUUUGGUACCAUUUACAUCUACAGCCUGCUGGCUCCUGGCUUCUUGUGCUAUGCCUUGUGGGGCUGGUUGGAGGCUUGUGGGGUGGACAUUUUCUCCUGGAGUCUCUUCCUGCUGCUCCUGUGUCUCCUGCAGUUGGUUCACCUGGUCUACCGGCUGCGUAAGGACAUCUUUGAGGAGGAGUUUGACAGCCUUUACAAGUGCAUCUACCUGCCUCUAGAGGUGCCUGUCCCUGUCUUCAAGGAGAUUGUGAAGGGUUGUGAAAACCAGGCCCUGUCCCUGGCAAAGGACCAGAACUACGCUGUGGAAGGGAAGACCCCUAUCGACAGGCUCUCCUUCCUUCUCUCGGGGAGGAUCCGGGUUUCCUUGGAUGGCCAGUUUCUCCACUAUAUUUUCCCAUACCAGUUUAUUGACUCUCCAGAGUGGGAGUCUCUGCGACCCACAGAAGAGGGGAUUUUCCAGGUGACCUUGACAGCAGAGACAGACUGUCGCUACAUAACCUGGAGGAGACGAAAACUCUACCUCCUACUGUCCAGAGAGAGAUACAUUGCUCGCCUUUUCUCGGUCAUGCUGGGGAAUGACAUCACUGACAAGCUCUAUUCCCUCAAUGACAAGCUAUUUGUCAAGAGUGGCAUCCGCUUUGACAUUCGCCUGCCCAGCCUCUACCAUGUCCUGGCCCCUUCCACUAGCGAAACAGAUUGUGAGAAGGGCCACGAGCAAGGAGAUGCCAUCACGCCAGACGAACAAAUGACACCGCCACUGUCUGCGUCCAGAAAGGCUGCCGCUCCCCUGCCUCAUUCUAGCAAUCUUUCCCGGGACCACUGGCCGACAGACACUGAGCUGCCCGGUGAGGAUUCUUCCAGUCUGAUAUUGGAUGACUUUGCAGAUAUGACGGGAUCCUUUAUGGAAUAUGGGAGUGAAAGAGAUUAUUUGAAAUAGGGGUUUUAUAGGAGCUAACACUAUGACCAGUUAUUAAGUCACAUCUGGUGAAACCCCACCAGGAAGCUUUCCAAAGCGUUUUCAGAGAAGACGGGCACCUCUGGCUCCCACUGAAACCCCGGAGCUCUGAGACCCACCAACCCGACCAAGACACACAGAUGGACGUCUGCUGUUACUGAGGGCAAAAUAGUUGCACAACUUCACAAUUCAUGUCCACAGAACCUCAACAACAAUGAGCUUUAACUGCACCCCUGCACAGUUGUCCCUCAUUCUUUGAUUUGAUUUACUUGAAGAACUAAAAAAAUGGCACAAGUAUAUAACAUUAAAUGAAUCAUUAAACACCUGCUAGUAGUUAUUUAUUUCAGAAUAAAAGUGUACAAUAUUAAGGCCACGAAAACUGCUUAUUGUUAUAAUGUUUAUGUACUCUUCAGCUAAAUUUGGCACUGACCGUUUCAGGGGAACCAUAUUAAGGUUUAUAUCUGCUGUUUUUUGUUUUCCUUUUAAGAUUUCUACUAAAGGACACUCAAGAAUGUUUUGCUUUAUUAUAGAACUAUUAAUAGAUAUUCCAAUUUGUUUUAACCAAAGGAGAGUUCUUUAUAUAUGGGGGAUGGGGGGUAAAGUAGGUGGGACUGGGACACAAAGACGAUCAAGUAACGUAGACUUAAGGUCACACAAUGAAAGUGGCUUGAAGGUUCAAACAUCUUGGCUGUUGACCAUCAAUUGGAAACAGCUACCAUAUAAGAAAACUUGUAAGAAUGUCAUUUUGUCAUAGAACACAAGCUUAGUCAGGCCCUUUAUGUAUUGAACAGCCCCAACAACCUCACAUUUUUUGUUAAAUAACCCAAAAGGCAAUACCUAUUAUUGAAAAAUAUAUUAAUGUAUUUCUAAAAUAAAACUGUUAAUGUUCCACAGCUAGUAACUCACAACUUAGGCACACUUUUGAGUGUUUAAUAUAAUCCUUAUUUUUUUUGUAAUAUUUUAGUUUGAGUUGACUUUCACCAAAACUAGCAUUUUGUCAUAAAUGAUAUAUCUGGCCAUAUUUAUAUGUGAUAUCAUGUGUCUACACUAGCUAUUUACUGUUUUUUCAAAUAAAGGAAUACAAUCAUAUAUUAUUUUAGAUUAAUAAUUCCAGACCUAUCUUCUUCCAUAUUUGUUUUAGGGAGAUUACAGCAAAUUUUAGGGCAAAAGUUCUGGUGUAGAAGCAACACAUAUUAAUUAAUAAACUAACACUACAUACUGACAUCUGAUUAAAUGCCACAACAAGGUUUACAGUAUGUGCACCACAGAACCACUGCUCACCAUAGCAACGUUUUCUGGGUUAUGUCAUACAGCUGCAGGUUUUCUAGGAGACUUGGUUUUAAAGCAAUAAACACAUUACUUUCA